GGUCAACGAAAGAGGUGAUGAAACUGGUGACCUUAAAUCAGAAGAGGUUUCUUUAAGAGACCGACCAGAAAAAACAUCUUCACAAAAGGAGGAGGUGCUGAACCAAGGGUCACGAAAACCCAGCAAUGAGGAGAAAAGAGGAAGACCGUCUACCAAGGGACGCAAGGUUUUCAGUAAUUCCCCUACACCAGAGCGACAUCAGAAGCAGGGCAAUGGACCUCCGUCAUCUUCCCGACCAGUCAGAUCCCAAAGACCCCUUUCAGGCUCUCUGGCUUCUGGGGCUCGUCCUUCCGGAAGUCAGAUAGAAAGUAGAGUGUUCUACAGUGGUUUCAACGUUUCGGAUAAUAAGUCAUCUCCUCGCAGACGAGCAUCCAGAAGCCCCGCCCCAGUGAUAGGGGCUCCUGUUGGGUCCGUUUCCGGUCGAAAACAGGUCUCCCAAGGACUUCUUUCUCGACAGCCUCCGACAGCGCAGAUUAGGUCCCGACCUGACCAGUCCCUGUUCCAGGCUCCAGUGCACCAGGGAUCAUCCUAUCUAUACACACACUCUAACCUGCAACCUCAGGUCAGUCCUCAAGGCCCGAUUCCAAAGGUACAGGCAGCUCCUGAACAGGAGGAAGGGAGGGGUCUGUUUAACCUACCUUUUAGCAGACUCUACAACUUCAGGGGCCUGAGGGACAAAUGGACCAAGCCUGCAACGCAGAGUAGGAAAAGCAGCACCGGCGCUCCAGUGAAAGAACCUAAAAGCCCAAGCUAGAUCUGGUUCAUCAUUCAACCUGUCAUCAGCUUUUUAUGUAAMUGAAACACAUACCAGAGGGGGGAAAAUUACCUGGCACACAUGUUCASUCUCAACACUACAUCUGUCUUGAGUUCUGUUCCAGCGGUUCUUUUCACUCUUUUGAAAUUCUUCUCGAAUUGCAAAUUAAAACUAGACACCUGAAGUCUUCCAACUUAUGAACUGUGUAAAAACAAAAACCUUGAGCAACUUGUUACCACAUCGAGGGAUAUGAGGGAAACUGUCUGCAUCUGUUCUGAUGAUCAAAGAAAUUUGCACAUUGUGCCUUUCUCAGCUUAACCCUCAAACUGGACUAAACUGACCAAAACCAACAGAUCACAACCUAAAACACGUCUCUUACUGUGCCUUCUUUAAGGUCAUCCCUAUUUUACAGACUGUUUUAUUCUAUACKGCAGUUAUGAUUUUUGUGUACUAUAAUAGAACUGUAUUUUAAUGAAGCAUGGCUGCAUUCCUUGUAUAUUAUUUCACACAUUCUGAAGUGGUGUCAUGUUAAUUUAUGUGUAUUUAUGUUUUUAUUUUACUGUGGAAGUAACUAAAUUCAUAAAAGUGGACUUGUAAAGUGGAGUUUUAACUGGGGAUUUCUGCACACUGUAUUUGUAUCUGUUUUGUUGGAUUAUAUAGAAAUUAAAUGAAAGUAAUAGACCAGCUGCUUUUGAGUUAUGUUAACAUCUUAAUAACUUUAACGUCUUUUUCCUGUUGUCUGAAUGAGUACAAUGAGGUUGAUAUAAAUUUAGAAACUGAGCACUGCCCAUUCUAUUCAUCGUUUCUAACGUCUCCUACCUGUUGGGACCAUUAUGUAGUCAUAUGUUGGGUUUUUGUAAUAUGAAAGAAAAGAACCAAAGCCGUGGAUUUCUUCUUUGUUUAAACCAAAUUCCAUUUACUUUCUAUUUUGGCCCAAAAGACAAAGUCACACUGCCUUCUAUGCUAAGCACAAGUUAUCAGAGGUAAUGAGCACAACAAAAACAACACCGGAAAGACUGGUUACCAUAAACACAAAUGUAGCUGUCACACAGAUUAAAAAGACAGUGACUGGAUAAGACCAUGACCUCAGUUUUUUAUGAGGGAGAAGGAAACAUUGACAGGUGACUCAUCUCUGAGACAUGACAAAUGAACCUGACCCCAGUGUGUCAUUUUAUCACAGUGACUAUCUGAUGAGGUGCAAAUCAUGUUUUCCAGCCUUACGUUUAAUAAAGUUAAUUAUACUUAA